GUCACGAACCCUCACGUGACAGGACGAUACUACGAUUCACCGGAAUUAUAAUGGCGUGUCAGGAAAUUUGCCAUUUGUCUUUGUUUAUAAUGUUUCUGUAACAUUAUUGUCCUUAAUUUCAUCGACAUUCUUCGAAGAUCCGAUUCGGGAUAACUGUAUAUGAAUUGAACAUGGAAGAAGACACAACUUUCAAAAAUAACAACAAACCUUCGGAUAAUCUUGACCUUUGUGAUUCUGGAGGUCGUAGAAAUGAAUUAGAAUUUGAACAAAAGGAAUCAAUGGAUCAAACUCGCAAGAUAAUCCCGUCUGAUACACGAUCCUCAAGUAAUCAGGUUACUGACUGCAACAUGCAUUUGUUAGCAAAUGCUGCUGACCACUUUAUGCAUCAGUCUCCUAGUCACCAGUUGGAAAGCAAUGAUGAAAGCACCAGGAAAAUUACUGCUGAGCCAAGUCAUCAGAGAGAUUCUAAUUAUUCUCAUCAAACCAAUGUUCAAAGUCAUCUUCCUAAUAAGCCAGUUUUAUCUCUUAAUCCUAAUAAUUUAGCAGACUCAACAGUACAGGAUUUAAAUCUUGUUUCUGGUAGUUCAAGACCAUUGAAUUAUCCUUCUAGUUAUUUAAGUAACAAGCAAACUGUUGUAUCUGCUAGUACAGCAAGCAGUCCCCUGAGUUCAGUUAAUACUGUCAGCAGUUCAGUAUCUAUAUCUAACAAUCAACAGUGUUUAAGCUCUGAGCCAGUGUUAUCAAGAAACUUAGAAAGACACUCUAAUCUAUUGCUUCCUCCAACUCCUCUUGUUAAUACUCAUCUGAGUUCUAAUAGUUCCCUACAACAAUCUUCAGUUGCAUUACAACCAAAUAAUAACCCUAUGUCUCCAUACAUAACUCAAACACCAGUUGUAACAGCAUCUACAGAUGGCACCUUAGUUGCUGGUAAUAAUAAUUUGAUAAUUCAAAGGACUUCUGAAGCCGUUCCUACUUCUAGUGCUUACUGUCCCCCUCAGGUUCAUCCAGUGGCUCAACCUCCCAUACUGAGUUCAAUUAAUCCAGCUUCAGAUAAUAGCAUGAAUAAACUAAAGAGCCCUGUAUCAACCAUUCCUUCAGGUGGAAAUGGUGUUAAUUCACAAAAUACUUUACCGCAGCAGAAGGGUCUGUCAAGUUCAUCCUCCAAACCAUUUCAAGCUACUUCUGUUUCAACCUUCCCCACUACUACUCUUUCUCUGUCCAGUGUAUAUGUAUCAAAUAGCCAUACUAAUAAUAAUGCAAGACAGAAUCUUACGAGUUUAACCAGUAAUCCAGAAUCUCUAGAGACACCUUCUGUAUCCAGUAGUUCUGUAAUGUCCAACUUCAAUAACCGGAAGCCAGAACAAAGUGAUGCUGUUAUCAAAAGCAGUUUUAUCAAAGAAUCUUCAAAUUCACCCUAUUUGCCCACUACUUCUGCAUCUACUCCUAAUGAAUUCAUUGCAGAGCCGAGCAGCAAAGAAUCUACGGUGAUUCCAACAAGCAGCUCAGUCCAUCGUACAAGCAGUACUGGAGGAACAUCUCAUGAUAAAAUAUGCCCCAGUGAUAGUAAACCUAUUUCUGAAAGAAAAGAUACCAUUCUUGAAUCAAGUAAUUCAGUUUUGUCUCGUAAUAAGGAUGUUAUGUUAUCCAAAUCACAGGUUACCCCAGUUCAAUCACACAAUUUGACAUCAGACAGUAAUAGAACAUUGCCAGUCGAAAGAGCUAUGGUUGUGUCCACGUCAGGAGAGAAGGACACUGCUCCAGCUGGGGAUAACCGUCCCUCCUUUUCUUUUACUGCUAAUGUAAAUUCGCCAUCUACCACCAAUGUAGAAUCUAUUUCCCAGGAUAAUGCUACUGUACCUGCAACAAGUGAAACGGUAAUGUCGACGCCAAUUAAAAUGGCAGAGUCAUCUUCAUAUGUAGGGAAAACAUCAGAACCAGACACUAAAGUCACUUCUUUAUUGAAUGAAAAUGUAACGUCUGCAUCUGGACAAACGUUUGUAAGAACUCCUGCAACCAACUCACUGUUCCCAUCUAGUUGCAAUGAGACUUCAACAUCAAGAGAUGAGAAGACAUCUAAUGCUACCAUAACAACAGCUUCUGCUGGAAAUGUGUCGUCUUCAUCUGGAAGCAAGAUAACUGAAGAAACUUUGAUAAGUGAGGAAGACACCACUGCAUCAACUGCAACGGUCUCUUUGUCAUCGUCUACUGGUCAGUCCACCCCAGCAGCUUAUGAUAAAAGGGCUUCAAUGGACAAUGAUUUAGGUGUUGGUCUUUCUAAUCCUAAACUUGAUUCUAACAAAUCUGAGGUUGAGCUUGCACCAAAUAGCGUUCAAGACUCAUUCCCUUCAACUUCUGAAGCAGCAUGCUUGGAUACUAACGUCACACAUGCUGAAGAAAAUGUCACGUCUCAACACGUUAGUCAUUCACCUGCUGAAUUAAACAAUAAUAUUGAACCCAGGAAAAUUAAUAAUGAAUCUAAAAAUAAUUUGUUGUUGAGUAGCAGUACCGAUGUUGGCCAAUCAGCUCCUGAUGUUGACUGCAACAACUCAUCUGUGUCUGACAAGCAUUACAAAGCAGUUCAAAAUACAACAGUUAGUGCAAGUGCUUCAAAUAAUUUGCUUGAAUCUGAUAAAAACCAAGGGAUUUCUACCAGUGGCCAAAAUGAGGGAAAUGAUAAGAAUACUGAUAAACACUUCUCUGUAGAUAAUAUAAAUAGCCCAAUGAAUGCUGUCGGCUCGAGUAAUUCUGUUGAUCAGAAAACACAUCCAAGUAAUACAGAGAGUAACACUUGCAGUUCUACAAUGACAAAUUUAGUUCCGCAAACAAAUGAAGAUGAUAACGAUAUGGUUCAGGCACAGAUUGUUUUAAUGAAAGAAAACAUAAAGAUCGAAGCUUCUGAUGGUUCUUCAGUAAAUGUGGUUAACGAUGGUUCGUUAGAACUGACAGAGAAGACCGAUGACUGUAUGAUGGAAGUUGGUACGGAAGAGAGUCACCCAGUUGAAAAUGAUGAAGAACAUCGACAAAUCAAGCAAGAAUUAACUGCUGAAAACAUUACCACAAUCACCGACACUUCUUCACCGUUACCAAGCGAGGAAUCUAAUGAUAAAACCAAGGGUGUUGAUAGUAAAAGCAGUAAUACUGAUGAUAAACAAGAGCCCUCCUGUGUAACACCAACUAACUGGAAUUCUCCUGUUGGUGCCGUCAGUUAUACUUUGGCUGAACCAAGGCGAUCUCAAAGACAACCAAAAGUUAAGUUCAACGUUCUUGAUCUCAUUGGUUUAGGUCCAGAUGUAGACAUACAAAGCAAACCAGCUAAAACAUUGAGUAAACGACUUUCAAAUGCAGAUUCUUCUGAAAAUAUUAGUAACGAAGAAACAUUAGUGCUGGCAUCAAACAUUUCAGCAUCGUUUGUGCAAACGUCACCCACAGCUUCAAAGAAGUGUAAAGAAGCUGACUCAGAGAAAAUAUAUGCACCGUUUGAACAAGGCUGGAGAAGAGAAGUUGUUAUUCGUUCAGUGUAUAAAGAAUUCACCAAGUUAGGCAAACCAAAGACAGCACCAGCGGAUAUUUACUAUUAUACUCCUGAUAACAAGAAACUGCGAUCAAUGGUACAAAUUGUUAAUUACUUAGAAGGAAAAAACACAAACUUGACAGUUGAAAACUUCAACUUUCUACGCCGACCUAUUUAUGAACCGCCGUUUGAGAUGGUGCGUACAGCCGGCAGCCAUGGAGUCCGGCACAGAAGCCCAGACGGUGAAUUUUUAUUCAAUAAGAAAUCUAGUAAGAAAAUUCGAAAAGAAUCUUAUGGAAGUAAUGACUCCAUGACUAUUGAAGACGAUUCAGAUGUGCAGCUUAUAGAAAGUCCUUCAUACAAGGAAUUGUCUCUGACGGGUGGUAAAGCAAACAACAAAUUCUCCAAAUUGAAAUCCAAAUCAAGUCCUGCAAAACGUCAAGCAGAGAAUAGUAAUUCCAGUGAGGUAACUCCGAAGCGAAUAAAAUCCGUUGCUCGAAAGAGUACAACUCUAAUUUCUAAAUCAAUGUUAGUUAAUAUGAACAAAAGAAAUUCUUUCCAACCCUGUUCCCUCAACUGUCCAGGCCUUACAGGCAUUCCUCCUCAACUGCAUUGUGAUAUAUGCAUGUGUCUAUUUCAUAAUUCAUGUGUAAACCUGAAAGAAGAUGAGGUUCCUCAAAAUUUCAAAUGCAAAAACUGUGAAAUGGAUCUUGGUGAUUGGAUUCCCCCAGUUGAAACCACUGCAUCUAAUAGUUUGUCUGGUAAUAGAACAGUCAAGACGCAUCAUUCUUCAUGGAAUAAUGAAAAGGGAAGAAAAUCUACCAUGCCAUCUGUGAUUCAGCUUUCUAAAGAUACAAACUUUUUAUCUCAAGCAUCCAAAUCUGAUUCUCAGCUGUUAAAAAGUGCUUCGAAUGGAUCCCCUAGAUACGUUGUCAUGAACAUUGUAAAAUCCACCGAUUCCUUAUCACCUGAUCCCUCACAAUCCUAUCAUAUAAAAGACUUGCAGUCCUCUUCAGACAUCCCAGAUUGCAAAUCUCAAAUCCAAGCUUCACUCAAUACAUUGCAAGCGUCCGUAAGUCCUCGUUUGAAAUCAAACAAAUCUAAUAACUCAUUAAACGCAUCAAAGACUCUGUCUCACUCUUCGCCACCUUUACCUCAUUCAGUUCCUUCUUCAAUGCUGAAAGACACCAGCAGUAUUUCAGAAACUACAGCACCCAACACUUUCACAGUCACAAACACUCCCUCUACAAGUGCUUCUUUCAAUACACUCAUCCAAACCCCAAAAGACUUGAAUGAUACUACCUCAUCAUCAUCAUCACCACCAUCUGAUUGUCCUGUAAAUGCUUCAUCUAAAUCUCUCACUUCCACUCACUCACAACCUAAUCUAUCAUCAGCCAAUAUUAAACUGGAAGUUCCAGCUUCAUCUCCAAGUAGUUCUAGUAAUGUUAGGGAUGGUGAUGCUGGCAAAGACAAUUACCCACGCUCGGGCCAGCUUCUUACAUUACCAUUAGCAGUAGCAAAGCGUUUAGAUUCCUCUCUUCCUCUUGCAUUACGCAUCAAUAACAUGCAGCUCUUUAUCCCCCCAUCCCGUUGCAUAAACACACCUGAAGGAUUAAAGGUUUUUCUGCCACCCAAGACAUUUUCGGUACCCAGUGGCUCCACAACCACAAUGAAUAUAACCUUUUCAUCGGGUACUGUGUCUGGUGAUAGUACCAAAGAUUACUCUGUGUCUCUCUUGGAGAAGAACAAAGCAAGUGAAAGCAAUCCAGCUGUAGAUAAAAGUAAAACCUUGGAAUCUGUAAAAACAAUCAGCAAAGUUCAAAAGUGCCGAAGCAAAUUUAACAACUACCUGUGUCCUUUCAAAAAAUUAUAUUCUGGCUACUCUAGUAUGCUGCAGAUAUUUCACUAUUUAAGUGCAGGAGAUCUUGCCAGAUGCUCAUUGGUUUGUAAAUCAUGGCACCAACUUGCGACUCAGCCUUCUCUGUGGAAAGCCAUUCACUUGAAUAAUACAAGAAUUUCUAAUUGGACUUUGGCCACAAAAUAUUUUAACAAACAUACUGUUGAAGAAUUAAAUCUACAAGGAAUGAAGUUAGGAGAUGAUUGGAAUCGCAUUUGGCACCAACUAACUCCUGUUCUAGAUCAACUGACAACACUAAAACGAAUCUACUUUGAUCAAGUACCUGCCCUUAUGUUGUAUACAGUCUGUGAGAAGCUCCCCAAUUUGCAAGAGUUGACUGCUAAAAGAAUAAGUGAUAUCAGCAAUGAACAACAAUGGACAACACCAACCAAGAUUGAUUUUACCAAAUUUUGUAAUGUAAAAAUGUUGAAGAAACUACAGCUACGUGGCACAGGAGGUUUAGUUGCAUCUUUCCCAUCUGGGAUCUUUGAAUUGAUUAAAUUAAAGCAACUUCGACAUCUUUCUAUUACAUCUUUGAAAGCCAGUGAUCACGAUUUUGAUUACUUAGGAGAACUCCGUAGCUUGAAAGUAUUAGAGUUGGGGGAAUGUACCAACUGGACAUCUGAGACAUAUUUCCAGUUAGGUAAACUUGUGAAUCUCGAAAGGCUUCAUCUUGAACUUGGUGGUAAUUUAAAUGAUGUCAGCUUGGCAAAGGCAUUGGGCAACUUAAAAUGUUUAAGAGAACUUGAACUAAUGCUCUUCGUCAUAUCUGACAAAUUGCACACCAAACUGAGUCCACUGAAUAAUCUUUCAAAAUUGGUGAUUUGGCCAGACACAACUCAUCAGCCUGCCGUGAUAAACAGCAACACAUUUGCCUUGGUAACAAAACUUGUAAAUCUGAAGUUCCUGGAAUGGGGUUUUGUCCGAAAUAAGAUCAGUGAAACACAAAAUUUGACUGACACUGAAAUGAAUGCAUUUGAAAACGUCUCUCAAAGUAACAUGGAAUCAAUUCCCUUUGUCUCAUUAGAUGAUCAAAAUUUUUCCAACAAGACCAACUUGUCAAAUGAAAUAAGCAUGGGACAAUUAAACGACAAGCUAAAAGCCAUGCUACCGAAAACCAAAAUAUCCUUAUUACAAAGUUCAGAUGUUCUCGCUUCUGUAAACAAGUGAAAAUAAGCUAUUUCUGGUGUGAUGUAACAGCAAUUAAGCCUUUGGACUUGUGUGAAUUAUUUUCAACUUGAUACCAUUGUAAUCAUAUGAUCUUCUGCAUUUCUUCAUAUUUUCAUUAACGCUGGUCUGAAUGCUGUUCAGGUGAAACCAAACCAGCAGAUUACUGAAGAAGAACAACUAGGUAAACUAGGUAAUCGAGAUAGACAAGAAUAAAUCAUCUCUGCAUACCAAC